AACAUAUUCUUUUUGAGUUUUUAAUAGAGUGGUGGUUAUGCAGCGAUUAUUUUUUUUAACCUUUUACGGUAUUGUUCACUACUAUUUUCUAAGCUAUGAAGCUUGGAAUGACGAAUGCAUUAAAAAAAAAUUUCCGAAUAACAAGAAUGAGGUUUAUGAAGGAUGCUUAAAUAAAUCAAUACAGGCCUAUCAAUUCAACCAAAUUAUAAUUUUCCCAUUGAUGCCGCCAGGAGAAUUAUUAAGGUUGCGUUGCUCAGGAAAACCUCACUUUGAUGAUUGCAUCGACGUGGGCAAUAAUGAUAUUAAAGAAUGUUUAAAUUCCACCCAAUGGGAAGGAUUGAAGGUAUGGAAGCAAAUUGAUAAAGAAAUUUCUGAACAAAUAUGCCAACCUGGUUUUAUUGAAUAUGUUGCCAACCAAACCAAAGGUGUAUCUGAAUGUGAAAAAAAUUUAAGCGAGGCAUUUAACACAUGUAGUAAAAAAAUUGGCAAUAUCGAUGCAACUUCUUUUGAUAUCUUCGAUAUUCCAAAACUUAGGAGCUACUGCAAACAACUGGGAGUAUUUGAUUCUUGUGUAAACGAUUCUCGACCAUCAAAGUGCGAAGCUAUUAUUACAAACACUAUUUCUAAAGUAAUUUCAUCAAUCAGGAGAAACAUAUGUGAUGAAGCACUAUAAUGGAAAAUAUUGGUGAAAUUAUUACAUAGUUGGGACAUAUUUGAGAACACUAAAUUAAAUUUUUAAAAUCUUAUGUAGCUUUAACAUUAAAUUUUCCACUAUUUUUC